AUGCAAAGUGAUCAUGAUGCGACCAUUUCUGAACAACAGAUCCAGGAACUUGGGAAAAAGAUCGCUUCCUCAGAAAUUUCUGAACAGUCUUUCGUUUUAAAGACUCCCAAAGGUACACGAGAUAGAAGCCCCGUGCAAAUGCGCAUCCUUGAGCAAGUUUUCGGCGUCAUUCAGGAUUGUUUUAAGCGCCACGAUGCAGUAUCCAUCGAAACGCCUGUUUUUGAACUCAAGGAAGUGUUGACCGGAAAGUACGGCGAAGAAUCGAAGCUUAUAUACAACCUUGAGGAUCAAGGCGGUGAAUUGUUGUCACUUCGUUAUGAUUUAACGGUCCCCUUCGCCAGAUAUGUUGCGAUGAAUAAAAUUAUGAGCAUUAAGCGAUACCAGAUCGGCAAAGUUUAUCGACGCGAUCAACCUGCCAUGAAUCGUGGACGCUUUCGUGAAUUCUAUCAAUGUGUGAGUGUUUUUGGUCUUUGCGUCUUUUUAUACCAUUCCUCCCACUAUUUUGUUGGCAUCUGGAAAGGGCCUGUAUGCAGAUAUUUUGAUCCCGGCCGUCGCGGUUAA